UCCACGUGGGAGCAAAGUCAAUAUAAUCAACCAUCUCUCAAAGACUCAAAACUUAUGAAUAAUUUUCCAGCACAAUGGUUAUUUCCCAAAUGAUUUUGUGUCGGCUGCUCGAGUUUAGUGUCCAACAAACCAAAACGGAACUUAUUUGUUUUUCUUACACCGAAAAUAUCUUAUCAACAAAAUAAAUUAUUAAAAACUAUAAACUAGUGUAGCUACAAGAAAUAUGCAAAUACAAACAUAAAAUAGAUCGAAUAUCUAGGUCUAACUAGCUAAAAAGAAAUGAAAAAGACAAGAAAAUAGAAAAAAUGGGUAUAACAAAAGAGUAGGGAAGGACUCACCAACUGGUUGUUAGACCAUCCGGUCGAUAUAGUGUUUAUCUUAGCGCAAAAUCUUAGGCAAAUGUUAGUAUAAUAAUCGUUUUAUUUUUACUUUAGCUAAGAAAGAGUCCUUAGGCAAGGAGGUUUAAGGAUUAAUCCUUAAGUGUGUGGCAUCACGUGAUAGACUAGCGGAGGGGUGUGUUUCGCGUGGGAAAAAGAAGAAUCAUUUGCUUUCUCCAUCACGAAAAAAGAGGUCUCGCGAUAUCAAAGGCGAUUCGGCGACUGGAGAAGGGUGAAGGUGUUGAAAUGGAGGAAGAAUUAAGAGAUAUGAAAGCACACAAAGAUUACUACAACAUGCUUCAUGCCGUUUCAGAUGCGCAACAAGGUAUUCCUCAACUAUGCCCCUGUGGAGAACUCACGAAGGAAGUCGUUGAUGAAGAGGACACAUAUGACUACCUCCCUGGGAAAAGAUACUUCAUCUGCUGUGAGUUCGAGAAUGACGGGAUGCAUUUCAGGCAACCAUGGGUUAUGGGUAUGCAACAAGAGGUUGAGAGGCUCAAAAAAGUAUUCAACAAGCAGGAGAAGCUUCUGAGAGACUGCCAGGCGCUUAAGGAGCAGGUGAAGAUGCUGCAUUUGCGUCUGAAUGAACUUGAGAGCAGCCAUUCGGAGGUGAAGUACAAGCCCAUGUGAGUACUGAAGACAAAAACUGCUGUGUGUUUUGUUUGUUUCUGCUCCUGUUUUCAUGUGAACCAAGUCACGGGUUGUCUGUUGCCCUUUCUUGGGUUUAUAACUAUGUUGUCUCGGCUUUGUAACUCUACUGCUCUUCUUCUAUUACCUGAAAAAACUUGUAUCUCUCUGUUUUCAGUUUGUGAACUUGGAACGUGAAACUCUACUAUUGUAAGCUCUCUGUUUCUUGAACUUGAAGUUGUUUUCAGUUUAAAA